AGCGUGUCGCGGACGCCACGGUGCCGGACUACGCGGGGAAGCCGCCAUCGGGGAAGCCAGGCGAGCAGGACUGGUCGACUUCUUGGACGGGUUCAACCAUGAGAUGCGACGAUCGGCUGUGUUGUUCCAUUCCUCGAGCUUUCUGCGGUUCUGGGCUGCUCGUCUGGAGUUUUACUUUGAAUUCUCGCAGUGGUUGUGAUCACGUGUUGUUUGUUGCUACCUUCGUGCAGCUGCUCACGUGCUAUACUUUGGACCUCGCUGAAAACGACAGGCCCCAGCGCUCCCUAUAUUGCCGCGGGUCUCCCUACACGGGCAUGGUGGCGCACGACAUGGGCCCAGUGGCGCCCGAGGAGCCGCCGUCCACGUCGCCGCCGGACAUCUUGGAGGCGGAGCCAGCGCCGGACAUGGGCCCGGUGGCGCCCGAGGAGACCCCACCACGGGGCCGGAAGAUCCGCUCCUGAGCCGACAGGGGCCCGCCGACGGGGCGUUUCGGCCCGCGCCGCUUCCCUCAAUGUCAGGGCCGCCAGGGCAGCUCCAGCGCGGGGGGCCGCCCGACGGGACGAGGGCCGUGGUGCGGUGAGGGGCUGCGGAUCGGAGCGGCGCGGUGAGGGCGCCCGCCGCCCACCGAUGCGCCACGUAGGCGGGCAGCGUUUGGGUCGAGGUGGGCGCCCGCGUCGAGAGGUUCAGGGAGCGCGCGCGCGGACUGCAGCCAAGGCGCUGAGAUAAUGACCGCUUU